AGCAUCCUGGGAAUUGCUGGCCCGCCCGGUGCUCGGAGCAGCUGGUCACAUGAGCCUGAAUUUUCAGUUCAGUUCAUUAGUCAGCCAUUUUGGUCAACACCCUGCUUACUGCGCACAGCCAAUCCAGUUAGAACUCCGCAUCCCGGCUCGUCUGAACAGGUCCUGUAGUGAUUUCUGCUGCUCAAAAAUUUUUUAGAUAAAUUAAAAAUAUAGGUUGAUUUUUUUUAUUUUUUAUUUUGUGUUUUUUCUGCACAAAGAAGUAGGAUUUUUUUUUUACUUAUGCAUGCUAAGACCAUUUUUUGAAAGCCAGCCUUAUAAGACAGUAUUGGGUGUGUAGGAUUUAAGCCUAUAGAUAGCCCGGCUGGAAUAAAGGAAAAGGAAGAUAAAAGGAGAGGAGGCUGGGAGAAGACAGACACCAUCUAAUUUUGCUGAUAGCAAUUGCCAGUAAGAAAAUAGUGUAGAGUUGAUUGUUUAUUUUGAGCAGUUUGUUCCACAAGGUAUUUUUCUUCUCUUUCCUUUUUUUAACCUCUCCUAUCCCAUUUUCUAAAAGCUUUGUUUAAGAGCUUGAGAUUUGGGAUUUUUUUGAGGGAUACAGAGGUCUUAUUUAUUUGUGUGUGUGUGUGUGUGUGUGUGUGUGUGUGUGUGUGUGUGUGUGUGUGUGUGUGUGUUGUGGUCCCAGCUGAGUCAUCAUGUCUGCCCUGACGCCUCCGACUGAUAUGCCAACCCCCACCACUGACAAGAUAACACAGGCUGCCAUGGAGACCAUCUACCUUUGCAAAUUCCGAGUGUCUAUGGAUGGAGAAUGGCUCUGCCUUCGAGAGCUGGAUGACAUCUCCCUGACACCUGACCCAGAGCCUACCCAUGAAGACUCUUGGGAGGAUUUGACAGAUUUGGUGGAGCAAGUGCGUGAUGAUACAGAAGAUCCUAAUUAUCUCAUGGCUAACGAACGCAUGAACCUGAUGAACAUGGCGAAGCUGAGCAUCAAGGGCCUCAUCGAAUCGGCCCUGAACCUGGGACGGACCCUGGACUCUGACUAUGCACCUCUCCAGCAGUUCUUCGUGGUGAUGGAGCACUGCCUGAAACAUGGCUUGAAAGCCAAGAAAACUUUUCUUGGACAAAAUAAAUCCUUCUGGGGGCCUCUAGAGCUGGUGGAAAAGCUCGUUCCAGAAGCUGCAGAGAUAACAGCAAGUGUUAAAGAUCUCCCAGGACUUAAGACACCAGUUGGCAGAGGAAGAGCCUGGCUGCGUUUAGCAUUAAUGCAGAAGAAGCUUUCUGAGUAUAUGAAAGCCUUGAUCAACAAGAAGGAACUUCUCAGUGAGUUCUAUGAAGCCAAUGCCCUCAUGAUGGAAGAAGAAGGAGCUAUUAUUGCUGGUCUCCUGGUGGGCCUGAAUGUCAUUGAUGCCAACUUCUGCAUGAAAGGAGAAGACCUGGACUCUCAGGUUGGAGUUAUAGAUUUUUCAAUGUAUCUCAAAGAUGGAAACAGCAGUAAAGGCAGCGAAGGGGAUGGUCAGAUUACUGCAAUCCUAGACCAGAAGAACUACGUAGAAGAACUUAACAGACAUCUGAAUGCUACUGUAAACAACCUUCAGGCAAAAGUAGAUGCAUUAGAAAAAUCCAACACUAAACUGACAGAGGAGCUUGCUGUCGCCAAUAACAGAAUCAUUACCUUACAAGAAGAAAUGGAAAGAGUUAAAGAAGAAAGCUCCUAUCUACUGGAAUCCAGUCGGAAGGGUCCUAAGCAAGACAGGACUGCAGAGGGGCAAGCGCUGAGUGAAGCCAGAAAGCAUCUAAAGGAGGAGACACAGUUACGCUUGGACGUUGAGAAGGAGCUGGAACUCCAGAUCAGCAUGAGACAGGAGAUGGAGCUGGCUAUGAAGAUGCUGGAGAAGGAUGUCUGUGAGAAGCAGGAUGCCCUGGUGUCUCUGCGGCAGCAACUGGAUGACCUCAGGGCUCUCAAGCAUGAGCUUGCCUUUAAGCUGCAGAGCUCAGACCUAGGAGUAAAACAGAAAAGUGAACUGAACAGUCGCCUAGAAGAGAAGACUAAUCAGAUGGCUGCCACCAUUAAACAAUUGGAGCAAAGUGAAAAAGAUUUGGUGAAACAGGCAAAGACCUUAAAUAGUGCAGCAAAUAAACUGAUCCCAAAACAUCAUUAGACAUUUUACAGUUGGUCAGCUCACAAGUCCAGUGUUACAAAAUAGCUAAAAAAGGAAGAAGUCGGAAAUUCCUACAUUUAAGCUCUGAUUCUAUAUAAAAUGUCACCAAAAGUUGACCUUGAAUUUGCUGGACUUGAAAAAAAAUAGUUGGAUAUAUAGGUUGGGUUUUGUUGUUGCUGCUGCUGUUAUUUUCUCCCCCAGAGUUAGAAAUUUUGGUAUGGGUUCCUCAUUAAACACCAAAUAAACUUUGAGAAAUAUUUCUGAGUUGAACAAUAAAUCAAAAGACCAUUUUCAGGAAGCCUGGGGAACGAAAGCAUUGUCCAUGUGUCCUUGAUAGUGGUCAGACUCUGUAGGUGGCCGAUGGCCUGUUCUCUACAGUGUAAUUAAUUCGUACAGGUGUCACCUGGUGACCUUGGACCUAAAGUAGCUCUGUCUCGUAGACCAUGACCCCUCUUCUCUUGUCUGUGUAGGUUUAAUCCCCAGCCCAAGGAAAGUACUUAGUAUUUCAUUACAGUUCCAUUCUCACUAACCAAGACUGCUUGCAAUUUAUUUUUCCCUUAGUGAUUUUGGACAAAAAAGAAAAACAGCACCCUUGCAUUUCUUUAAAGUACUUAGAAACAAAGUAGUAACUAGGUAGCUCUUAACAUCACAGUGUGGAAGCUGAGAAACCCCUCUCAACAUGUGUCACCUUCUACCUCUGCCCUACUCUGUCAUUCUACUUACUGCUUAGGUAGCUCAGAGAAAACACUUUGAAUACAAAUACGGUUUUCAAAUCUACCCGGCUUUUCCUACGGGGAUAGAGGCCUCAUCAUAGUCACCACUUCCGGCCUGCCGUCCUCACCUGGAACACUUGCCCAAGAGCUUCUAUCACCUUUUCUGUGAUGGGAAUUUGCUAAAGGUUCUGGAAAAAUAAUCUAGUUACUAAAAAAAAUCAAAUGAGAAAUAAAUAAUGUGCUGGCAUUAUUGCUUAGUAUCAAAAUAAAGAUCCUCAAUAGAUAGUCACAAGCAAUACUAGCAGGGCUUCUUUUUCUACGUGACUACACCUCUAACCCUUUCUUGGCUCUACAUUGUAAAUAAUCCUAUAAAUACUUUGAUUUAAAAACAAACUAUUUUUGAUGUGGGGAGGCAGGCUUUUCUAUACAUGAGCCUUUACUCCAUCCAGUGGGUUAGGCACAAUGCCUGGGGUUUUGUUCCAUGUUUUCUGUCCCUCCUUCUGGCGUGCUAUAUAGCAUUGCCCCUGCUAAAGAGAGGCAAAGAUAAUUCCUUUGCUUCAAAUUUUUUACCUUCUUGGCAAACCAGAAUUAAGAGUACAACAAAGUUGAUGUGCUUUUAUAGGUCCUCAAGGGCCUGUGUUAGAGCCAACUUAAAAGAGGAUCCUUGAACUCAUGUAAUUCUUAUAAUCUUGCACCUGUAUAAAUAAAGCUCCUACUGUGCUCUGCUGGCCAUCCACCUUUCGUGGUGACAAGGCACCUUUUACAUGAGCAUUGAAAAGAAUAGUCACACCAGUAAAAGACUACACGCAGCAUGCCUCUAAAUUCUCCUAUAGAAAGCCCCAAAGAUCUCACCUUGUAAAACAUGAUUCCUUAUAGGUGCAAAGUUAUAAGACAUUUAGAAGAAAGCAUCCGUAAGAAUCUUCCAGGGAAUGUGGUCAGGAGUCUCCGAACCCCAGUGCUGAGUUCUUUGUGUGCUGGGUCACGUACCGCCUGGUAGCAAUGGAAAGGAUAGACUCAGCCAGACUUUCAGAGAGGCGUGUCCUUGUGAACUCAUGUGAGGGUUGCUAGAGGUUGCCUUCAGCUUCCUGUGGUCCAGGAAAGGAUCAGGAAAUCAUGAUGACCCCACAUGACAGGGCAGCUCUGCCUACAUCUUCAGCUGUAUGAGGAAGGCAGAAGGAUGAAGUAUCCGCCUAUCAGGAAAGAAAGAAAUGGCUUCAACAUAGAUGUGUACUGGAGGGUGGUUCUGGAUAUGGAUUUUCAAAAGUGAUGUCUUGUUGUUGAUCAUCUAAUGGCUGUAAACUGUAGUACUAGAAUAAAAAAAUAGAAAAUCA